AUGUCUCCCCCGCCAAAGGUGUCUUUGGAGCUGGGUGCGCAGUGGCAGACUUACAGCCUCUCUAGUCCCUCUCGUGCGAAUCUCUCCGAUCAGCACCGCUCCCCAGCCCCCCCUCUCGGAUACGGACAGAAGAUGGAGUCUGUUCUCAAUCCGGCUGUCGGUCUCAUUGAGAGUCUCUCUGCAGGUUGUGAGAACCCCAAGCCCUGUCGGUCUCAGCUCACCGUGUUGGAGUACGGAGAUUAUGAUGGAGACCCUGUUACCAAGGUGAUGCUGCAGCCUCUCACAGGUCGUACCCACCAACUGAGGGUUCACUGUGAGGCGGUAGGGCACCCCAUCGUAGGAGACCACACCUACAGCCUGGGAGAGGACAGCGCCCCCUAUCGCAUGAUGCUGCACGCACACCUCCUACACCUCCCUCUGGAGCCACUCCCCCUGCAGGCCGCCCCCCGACCCCUUCACCACGCCCACUGACCCCCGCUGGCGCCCGCAGCGCUGCCUCCCGGACUGUAGAGGGAGUCGUGGAGACCCUGCUGGAGCGCAGGGCGGCGGAGGAGAGGACAGAGCGGGAGGAGAGGAGGAGGCAGCAGGAGGAGAGGAGGAAGAGGUGGAGGGGGAGAGAGGAGAAUGAGGAGCAGAGGAGGAUGUGUCAGCAGUGGUUGUCUGAGUGGACCGAUGUCUGAAUUCUCCUUCUCCUCUUCAUCCUCAUCCCUUCUCCUCUUCCUCCCUAUCCCUUCUCCU